UUCGCCCACUCCGCACUGCCGCGGAGGUCGUCCCCGUCACCUACCAUCCACACCCACGCGCCACGGGCCCGGCUCCCACCGGUACAAGAAGGCGGCCACCCCACCACCACCACAGACGCUCGAAACCCCAACCCAACCAAAUCCAUCAUCGCCAUCAUCCCCACCUUAUUAAACCAAAGCCCGCGCACCUGAUCCUCCAGUGCUGUCCGCCAUCACAGCGUCCGUGAUAGUGCUGUGAUCCGCUGAUCCUUCGCCUGGUAGCUCGGGGAGCAGGCGUAGCGUUCGUUUCUUGCAGGGAGAGUGGGUCGAGUGAUCGGGCGGGCGGGUGGCAUGAGCCCGGGGAGCGGCAAGCUGCGGUGGCUGUGGAGGGCGCCGGCGCGGGCGUUCGGCCGCGCGCGGGACUUCUACGUGCGGAGCAUCACGGGGUGCGCGCGCUACGUCCCCGCCGACGCGGCCUUCGGCGCCUACCCGGUGCUCGUGCCCGCGCCGCUGCCCAGGAGCCAGAGCUGCGGCUCCGGCGCCGACUACGGCGGCGAGGAGGACCUCCGGGAGCUCAUCCGCGCGGCCUCGCAGAGGCGCGAUGUCGAGCAGCGGCGGCAGGCCGACCAUCUCCAUGCCGUGCCCAGGAGCCAGGGCGUGGCGGGGGCGGCGUCCAUGGCGCCGAUCGACGAGGACGCGCCGUGCGAGUUCGCCGCUGGUGCGGGCGCCACGCUCUACUCCCGCAGUCAGAGCUACGCCGGCGGGGCCAUGGGGGCCAGGAAGUCUCACUGCCACAGCAAGGUGUCGGCCUUGGGCUGAGCUAGCCGCCGGCUGCUCCUCAACUGCUCGUGUGUGAUCAGGUUUCAGGUCAUGCUUGCCAAAAAUUGUUCAUGUUGCUCCGAUCCAUCUGAAAUUGGGAUUUUCAGCUUGUAAAUAUGAUACAGGGAGGAAUUCAUGCAUGCGUAAUUUGGUUGUUUC